AAACUAGCUGUGAUAGUGACAAGUACCAAAAUAGCAUUAAGAUGAAUUGGAUAAUGUUAACUGUUUUUAUAUUUCUUGGGUUAACCAAUGCAGAAAAAGUUCCCGAGAGGAGAGCAGUCCUUAGAAGAGCCACCAGGCGAGCCCUAGAAUCCACGGGAGGUUCAUAUUUUGCAGACAUUGAAAAUGAGAUAAUAAAUAAUUGUGUGGAAAAUGGACUCUCCAGUUCUGGUGCUGACGACCUAAAGGUUACGUUUGCUAAAAUGAAGUAUUGUAUGUCGGGGACAAGCAUUUAUAAAAUUGCUAAGAAUGAAUAUAUUAGCAAAAUAGAAGAGUGUAGUCGUGACGCAUUUAGGGAUUCUACAGCUUGUUUGGCUAACAAGCAAAAAUAUUUACCAGAAUUCGUUUUGGAUUAUGUACAAUCAAUAGUUGAAUAUUUGUACGAUGUCAAAGAUUUAUAUGCAGAUUCAGAAAUCAUCGGUUGCUUAAAAAACUUUGGGAGAUACGCAAUACAAAUUGAGUAUAUUAAAUGCUUAGCGACUGAAUCUCAAAAAGCCGGAGCCGAUCAAAAUAUUCCUAACUCUCGACAAGAAUAUUGCAGAAUUUACGUACCAGCAUCUCAAUGUUUCCCAAACACCUAUAAACAGUACUGUCCAAAUACAGAGAAGAUCAACAAGUUAUUCACCGACUUCAAUAAUGCUGUCAUGUCUCCAUGUCAAGAAUGAACUAAGCUGUAAAAUAAGUUUUAAGCUUUAAGUUAAGUCUGAAGUUCUAAGAUGAUUGUUUAAAAAAUAUAUUAUAUUUUUCUA